CGAGAUUGUAUCAAGUUCUAUAUGUUCUGAAGCAGGAGAAUUCAAAACUGAACUGUAUUUCGAGCUCAAGAUAUGUUAGUCUAGAGAAAAUAUACAUGAAGGAAUGAUGUGGCAUCGAGACUGUUGAACAAUGGAGAUGUUUACUUCAGAUUCUCCAGCAGGAAGGUGUUACACGCUUUAUCCGGAAAUGCCCGUCAAGUCUAAGUCAAAUCAAGUAAAAACACUACCUCAAAUUGAGAACUAUGUAUAGUUACAACGAAACUACGGGGUACUUUAUUAUGUUGCAGUAUUUACAAUAUGGAAUUAAGAAUCUGACCAAUCAUGUUUGUGACCUUGACACUAACCAUCAGCCUUCAUCGAAAAGCAUAUCGAUCUUGACAUAUGUAUUAUACCAUUUGUACGUCAAUCAAGCAGCGAAAUGACAGCAUUAGGUGGUGGGAAGAAGGUGUGCUACUAUGAAGAAAGGGAAGACUACAGUUGGAAAUAUAUAGCUUUUUUUUAUUAUUCAAUGUAAAAUGAAGAUUUGGAUUCAUGAUAAACGAUUUAUGCAAAACUAAUUUUAGCGUAUUUCAUUUCAAUUUAAUGGGUUAUAUACCAUUUUUUUAAGUUCACCGUCAGUGUGGCAGAAAGUGAAAAAGAGAUAUUCUACAAAAUCUCUAAAUCAAGUAAAAAAAGUAAAAUUUACUUAUUUGACGAAAACUGCGAAGCAAAUUAUAUCAACUAAGUGUGUUGGUUCGGUUGGAUGGGUCUUAGUGUGGGAGGAUACUGGAGUACCCGAAGAAAACACACGUGGUCGGGCAGGUUAUCCAGAACCUUUUCACGUCUGGUCGGGGAUGUAUGUGAAAGGUUAAAUAUUUGUCAACACCGGUGCUCUGAUGAAGAAAGACAAAGGAAAAGCAUCUAUAUCUUACUGGGUUAAGUGAAGCAUGUACUUAUUGGAGGAAGAUGAAGACCUACAAAGGACAAUUGUUUGUAACUUGUGCGUGUUACCAAAGUAUGUUAUCAUAACACUAGAACAUUAGGGAUUGAAGAGGCAUUCGAUGUAUGAGUUAUCUACCCCCGGUUCAAUGAGAUAACAUGGAAGAGAUAAAGCAGACAAAGAAAACGAUUACCAGCAUCUUUGAAACCAACGACAAAGUGUUCAAAAUUAUUCAAGAAUUAAAAGCCGCACAUGAAGAACAAGGACGUCGAAUCCACGGUUUAGAAGGCUCCUUCCAAGGACUAGAGAAACGUAUUCGGGAAGGCGACAAAGAGAUUCGGGAAUUAGAGAGUAUGGUCCUUGACCUUGGGCCUAACUUAAAGCAGGCGGCUAAAACAAUAGAAAUUAAUACAGGGCCUCUUGUCGAAGAACGGCGCCGAUCGCAAUAUCUAGGUAUUGUAGAAGGAGGAAGAGAAUCGGAUCUACAGCCUGCUGAUGGAUGUUCUAAUAUUCCUCUCAGACUAGACGGAAAUAUGACAGAGUCUACAAACAUAACUCCUGAGUAUAAGGAACAAGUGACAUGUAUAGUACCUUAUAUCAGUCAUAACAGAACAAACAGGCAACCGGUAACCUAUACUGAAAAUUCCGAUGUUAACAGUGUAGAUUCUCAGAUCUCUUACCAAAACAGGAAAGUAGAACCGUUUGGUAACCAUGGAAAAUCGGAGCGUUGUGAUAGUCAGAACUUGUACCCAUUAACAGAAAAACCUGUAAAUGACGCCAGUUUUAAAGGAAAACUGACGAAAAU